CCGUCAGUUUCCUCCUCCUACGUAACUCUGUUUAGCCUACAUAAAGCUGAAAUAUUCCACUCUUCUUCAGUCCCGUGAUUGCACCGGAGGUCUCGCUCAGCUGUGCAGAGAUGGACAAGAGUCGCGCGGACGCUUCCCAGCGAUUCCCCGAAAUUAUUGAGCUCAAUGUCGGGGGGCAAGUUUACGUUACGCGCCACUCAACUUUACUCUCCGUGCCCAAUUCUUUACUUUGGACAAUGUUCAGUCAGAAAAAACCCGCGGAACUUACCACCGACAGCAAAGGACGCUACUUUUUGGACAGGGACAUUCCACAUGGUUGCGUGCAGCUCCACUGGCACCUGCGCGUACGUUCUCCAUAUUUUUGGCUCGCCAAAGAAGUUUUCGGGGAGACUCUGAACGAGAGCAGAGACCCCGACAGACCCCCAGAGAGAUACACUUCUCGGUAUUACCUCAAGUAUAAUUUCCUGGAGCAAGCCUUUGACAUGCUGGCGGAGGUGGGCUUCCACAUGGUUGCGUGUAGUUCCACGGGCACCUGCGCGUACGCGAGUAACGACCCCAACGAGGACAAAAUCUGGACGAGUUACACCGAGUACGUUUUUUGCAGGGAGUGAAGUGGACUCACUUUUGGGAACUGUUGUAACACAUUUCUCGGACACUCACCUUUGCAUUCGUUACGCACCACGAAUGUGUAGUUUUUCCCACAAUGAUGUAGUUUUUCGGGGGGGGGGUUCUUUUGUUUUGUUUUUGCACUCCUAUGUAUCUUUUUUUUAUUCUUAGCCAAGAUCUGUCAGCUUCACACACAAUAAACUUAUCAUGAAAGACA